AGAUUUUCCCAAAAGGACAGAUAUGGAGAGUGCGUGAAUUACCACGUUGAGAGAAACUUGGGAUGACGAAAGAAAAGACUUGGGGCAACAUUUCUCUCUCAAAAUGAGAGAUUCCCCAUCACUUAUUUAUGGAUAGACCUUCUAUUUAUGAUGGUGUUAACCGAUCGACACAUCCUCUAAUUUCCUGAUUCCUCGAUACAUCACUUACAUUGCAAUUGUUGUCGCAACAACAUGCUAAUUAAUGAGUGGAUGAGCCUAUUCACAGGCUCUUAUUUGGAUUACCCUUUCUCUUAUAUCUCAUAUUAUGAAAACUAGUAUCAUUUGUAGAUGUGCGUUGAUAUCCGUCAAGUAUCGUAUCCGCAAUAUGCAACAGUUGUGAUAAAACUUAUGGCCGGGGAAUGUGUAUAAGAGAAACUUGAUACACCUGUGACUCGAGUAGAUAAGGCAAAUGCAGUAACUGAGAACUGUUAUACACAAUCCCGGGUUCAAAGCAAGCUGAUCGAUCCGUUGAAUAUAAGAAACAACUAUUGGAAUAUCAACCACUCUCACUGAGUCUAGCCGUACUACUUAUUGACAAUAAUUUUCAAGGAGAUAUUAACAUGUUUUAGGAUAUAAUUAACGAUGUAACACAAUUAAAAGGAUUUUAUUGGGAUGGGUUUUGGUGAUAGCGACCCUGAUCCCAAGACUAGCGCGGUGAACGGGAAUGAUGGCAUGGAUAAGAGGCCAUUUGCCGUCCCAAAUGUACACGGACCUCAAGAUGCUAUCCCUCCAGCUGGAAUAGGCGGAACGGCAGUGACAUGGGGUAUUGCAGUUGGAGCGGCAGUCGGUCUGGUCGGUAUUAUUCUCAUCAUCGCGGUAGUCUGCAGGCGAAUUGCUAGAAAACGUCGCAAAGAACUUGAUCUUGAGUUCGACGACAUAUAUGGAACGUCAUCCUCACGCUCUGCCCCAAGCACAAGGACUAAUUCUCCACGCAUUGACAAACGCCACAGUUUGAACCAAACGUCGCAUCGCGGCAUGUACGUUCGUUCUGUGACUGUUGACACUGUCCCCGACUUUUCCCUUCCACCAGAACGCGUUCAACCAAGGAGUCCGGGCGAUCGAUCCGGUAGCUCAACCGCUCUGCAGUACCAACACAGCAUCCUUGGCAAUAUUAAGCCAGAUCUAUACAGUGUUGGUGUACCAGUGCAAAUUGAAGGGGCUCAUGCUAAAGAUUGGAGCUCAGAAGAUGAGGUAGAACCGUCUCUGUUAGAAGGGGAGGAUGAUUGUCAAGUAGUAGUAAGGAUGUGCUCAGAAGAAGAGGACUAUGAAGCGCCCCCGAGUCAACAUGGGCGCAUCUGGUUUUCAGUUGUAUAUGAUGCUGCGGUAGAACAACUUACUGUAAAUCUAAUCAAAGUCAAACACUUAAAGGGUCGAGGGCGAGCUAACACUCCUAGAGACCCCUUUGUAAAACUCUACUUAUUACCAGACGAGAGAACGUGUCAGCAGUCAAAAGUCAGAAAGAAGACAUUGACACCUAAAUUCAACGAAACCUUUGUGUUUCAGGUUGCUGCAGAUGAUGUGUCCAAACGAACACUUCGGCUAUCAGUCUACGAUCUUGACAAGCGAAGAGUUCGCCACUCCCUUGGCCACGUCGUCGCUCCUAUGAGUACUCUUGAUAUUACUCGAGAUGAUGUUGUAUGGCGUGACUUGGAACCAGUUAAACAAACAUCUUCAUCUCUGGGCGAAAUCUACUUCUCUUUGUGUCACAUUCCCACAAUGGAUAAGGUUAAGGUUGUCAUCAUGAGAGCCAGGAAUCUGAGAAAGGUAGACCUGGACUCAAACGCUGGCAUAUAUGUAAGGGUCCAGCUGCUUCAUGGUAGAAAGGUUCACAAAAGUAAGAAAACCGUUAUAGUUCAGGGUUCCUGUGACCCUGUCUAUAAUGAAGCAUUCUCAUUUACCGUACCUGGCAAAAUGCUGGACUCGUGUAGCGUCUGCAUCACUGUAAUGUCAUCUAUACAGUCACGCCUGAGUUCACACGAGGAAGAGUACGGUAAAAACGUCGUCGGGGGCUUCAUGUUCGCCAGAGGAGAAGAGCUGAUGCAUUGGCAAGAAAUGCUGGCCCAGCCUAGGACUGCUAUACCCCAGUGGCAUUCACUCGCCGCGCCACAGACCAACUAAAUAACGGUCGUCAGUCGUCACCAUAAAUAUAUAGAAAUCAACCGAAUAGAGGCACGUCCUUCUUGGCUGAUGAGAAAGUUAAUAUAUUUUAGAAAAUUGGUAAUAGUUGGGGAUUCCAUAGAUGUUAUAGUUACUAGAAAGGGAGGGUGUAUACGAGUAUGAAACUGAGAGAGAGGCGAAAAUGAGUCUCUCGAAAUCUAUAUACGAGUAUAAGAGACUGUUUUAAUCAAAUUCCUCAGGAAUUUUACAAAUUAUUUAACGACAUAUGAGAAAGAAUGGCUUCAAAGAUCGGCCACAAUGAAGGUUACAAAAUGAUUAAUUGAUAAAUUUAGUCAUAUUAUAUGAGGAAAUUCAACUUGAUUUUGUGUAUCACUUUUUGUAAUUUUAAUGAUUUUUUGAAAAUGUAUUCUAAGAUUGUGUUCAUUGACGGUCACAACGGUCGGCAUAAAGACCGCUAGCAAAUAAUAGUGUUGAACUGGAAUUGAGUGACUAAGUGGGUUUAUUGUAUUUUUUGUUACACAUCAUUUGAAAACAGAAUCAUUACAUAUCUCAGAUAGAUACAAGGAAGUGUGUGUAGAAAACAAGAUAAAGAAUAAUGUCAAUCGAUUAUUUACUACAUUAACAGUAUGACAAGGUUCGCACCAGUUACAAUUGAUGUCAAGUUUUAUAUGGCAGCCAUCUUUGAAUUGAUCACGGAUGUUGGUACAAGAGUUGCUACACAUCGAAUUAGUCGCUCCUUUAAGUCACAUUUAAAGUUGCUGUUAAUAUCUGAUUCUACCUUUAUAUGGAGCAUUCCUUUAAGUACGAUAUUUCAGCGAAGGUUUAUGAUCAAUCCAACAUUUAAUUGGUAGUUUAAGCUCUUAUAUAAUAAGACUAACACGCCAAAAGGUAACUACAUCCAACUAAUGGUAUGGCAUCCUAUUAUUUGGUCCUGAAUAUAACAUCAAUGUUCUUGUCUGCAAAUUGUUCAAUCUAUCAAUGUAGCUAAUAUCUAUUCUUUCUAUCAAUUGCAAAAUGUCUAAUAUAUUUUGUAGUGAAUUUAUGCACUGAUAUGGGCUACCUUAAAUACCCAUAUUUUUGUUUGAGAUGGGAAGUUCACCAUGCUGAGACUAACAUAAAAUAUUUUAUGUUUGUCUCAGACUAAUGUAAGGAUGUAUAUCAUUUAUGUAUUGAGGAAGUAAUGUUCGAGUGCUCUAUGCCAAGAACAUUUUUGUGCGUAUAAUAUAUAAUUACCGUCUUUGUCUUCAUUAUCAUUGGUAAGUUCGGAGCUCGAGCUGACAAAUACCCCUCCUUUUUAUAUAAAUAAAUCCAUGUUAUCUGUUAUGACUUUUAAUGAUAUCAAGUAAUGACAUUACAUACUUACACCCGCUCCAACAUAUUUGAAACAUUCGGUACCUUGUGCUCGAGCUCUUAACUAAUAGACAUGAUUUCAAUCUGAAUGUAAUUACUAAUGAUUGUUCUCGAUCACAAAUGUUGCUCAUGAAUUUAAACAUGCAUUUAUGUCACCCUAUACAAUGGAUAAUUGAGUAACUGUCCUCUUUGCUUGAAAUGUGACUCACAUAGGGUAUCUAUCGAUUAUUUUCAAGUAAAUAUGUUCACAUGUUCCUUAUUUACAUAUAUUACUAUUACUUUACGUCAGUGUAUCAACUGGUUCAUUUGUACAUCAUAAUCAUUUUAUACUACCGUUUCACUGUUAACGUUGAACCCGACUCACAAAGAAUUUUACAUUUUAUCAAUUUAUUAUGAUUUUAAUUUAUUUUUUCGAAAUCACACUACACACUUACUUAAUUCCAUGCAAGUAUAUGCAUAACAUAUCACGAGCAGCCAUAUCAAAGAUGGUUGCAUCUAAUCUAAUAAAGUCAAUUACUCUAAAAUAGGUAACCGCCGCUGUGUUGUCUCAGUUAUUUAAUAACGUAACGGUAGUAUCAAAUGAUAAAAGUGUUCUCUGUAUACUCUGAAAUAUCACGUCCACGUUGAAUCAAAUGUUAUUACAAAAUAAUCUCCAGGGAAUAUCAUACACUGAUUUCUUUAGUUCUCUCGCAUUCUUGUAAGACACUUACACCAUAUUUGGUGGCAAUAAUGGCGGUUAUCGUACAGGGAUGUGGCCAGGCAUGAGGCAGGCGAGGCAAAUGCCUCAGUAUCCAUUUACAAAAAAAUUACAAAGAUGUUUUUAAAUUGAAGUUGUAGAGAACCUAUUGG